UCUUUUUAUCGACCAAUUCAAUAGAGACGUAUUGUUUAUGAGUUAAUAUUUUUUUUGUUGGUUGGCGUUUCAACGAUGAAAAUGACGUCGAGUGAAUUAGAUUACGAAAUUGAAAGACUUAAAGCGGAAAUUGCUCAGGAAAAGCAACGAAAAGAGAUUGUUGAACAUUCCUACCUGGGAUUGAUACCUACAGUUGAGGAAUUGGAGAAGAAGUACGGUGGUUUCGAUGAAGAGUGUAAUGAAUGGAAAACUCGAUACGAAACUCAAAUGGAGAUGAACCAACAAUUGCAAAAGCAGGUUUACGUUCUUCAGGAUAGAGUGGAUGAAGCAAAAAGAAAUCUAAAAGAUACAAAGGCACCAAAAUCUGUACGCAGUUUCGAACCGGACGCUCCAAUAACGGCCUAUAGCCUGAAGGAAUUAGAGAAGAAGCACCAUUCGUUGGAAAAUCAGCUAAAGGACUUGGAAUGGAAACUCGAUCAGGAAUCGAAAGCUUUUCAUAAAGCGAAUGAAGAACGGAAGCAGUUUGCCACCGAAUUAAAGAACUGCAAACAAACUCAGGCUUCCCUUCAUAACCAGCAGAGGGCGGCACUAAACACGUACAGAGACCUGCACGAAAGUCCCCGUACGGAUAGAUCGAGUAUUGGGUAAUAAAAAAAGUUUCUAAUUGCGCACGAUUAAUCAUUUUCGAUCAAUCUAUUAAGAAAAUUUACCUUUUAUUUUUACUUUCUAAUUUAUUUUAAUAUGAUUAGCAACAGCAAUAUACCGCAAGAUCAGCGUAUUUUGGACCCAAAAAGAGGACCAAUCAGGAAAACUGCUGCAGUAUCGAAGUUACCAAAGUUGAAUCUUCAAUAGAAAGUAAUGCAAUUAAAAUGUUUACAUUUGAAAAAGACGUUUAAAAAGAGGAAUAAAAGAGAAAAUUGAUAUGAAAAAAAAAACUAAAAAUAAUGAAAGAGAAAUUUUUAAUUGCUUAGAGAUUAUUACUAUUAUUAUUUCACGAAGUAAACCAAGCCGUCCAUCUAUAAUAAACUAUGCGCUACCACUCGCUUUUCCGUUUGAUUAAUGAAAAUAAAUGAGUGGAAAGAAUAGAAAAAAAGGAGCUUAG